UCUUUCUGAGUCCAUCACACAAAAUAUCCGAUGCUCGGCCCAAUGCCUUGUUCAAAAGAAAGAUGAAUUUGAGGUUUUGAGCAUCAUUGCUCAGACCAAAGCAAACGGCGAUUCUUUGAUUUGCAGGACUCAACAUCUAGCUUCAUUGCAAGCUUCCAUGUACUUUCAUUGAAGAAUGAUUUCCAGCACUCGACGCUAAACAUCACAACCGGAAGUGGGUCCGAGGCUCAUCAUUAGUGCAAGAGAAGAAUCCGUCUGUUUCUGCCGCCAGUCCCCACAGUCCCCCUUCAGACGCCGCCAUGGCCACGCCCAUCGAGGAGCUGAUCCGGCGGCUGAUUAAGCGCAUUCUGUCCGACUGCCAUGAGGCCGGCGUCACGGCCAGCGAGACGCUGGCCGCCUUCACAAUCAAGGCGGUGGUGCUGAGUCCGCGGCACGCCUGCCUGCUGGAGAACCUGCGCCAGGAGACGGACGCCGACCGCCUGGCGGCGCUCUGCGUGCGGCGGCUGACCGACCUGCGCUCGCCGGCCGGCCAGCUCGUGCGCAUGCAGGUGUUCUUCGAGACGAGCUACAUGCCGCGCGGCGACGUGCUGGCCGACCACGGCCGCAUGCUGCAGAGCCGCCUGGCGCCCGUCGUCGACGACAUCGUGGCGGCAACGGCCGGCGGUGGUCGCGAAGAGCUCGAGCUGCUGUACCGGCGCGUGGUGGCGCUCACCAUCCUCGUGCACGGGCUCGGCGACCCGACCGAGCCGGCCGUGGAGCGCGAGGCGACAGCCGCCCUGCACAGCGUGUUCCCGCCGGCCGAGCUCGGCAACUUUCUGGCGCUGCGGCCGGGCGAGAAGCGGCUGCAGCUCGGCGAGCUGGCCGAUAUCGUGGCUGGCGUGAGGCUCUUCAACCGCGACGCCAAAAAGGGCGGCGAGGGCAUCGAGGACCUGCCGGGGCUGCUGGAGCGCGCUGUCAGCGCCACGCGCGCCGGCUUCGACCGCGAGCUGCAGCACUGCGCGCGCGAGGCGGCGCGCUACAACGCCGUGGUGCGUCAGCACGUGGAGUGCCGGCGGGCCGCGGCGGAGGAGGCGACGGAUGAGGCACCGGACGAGGAGAGCCUAUCGGCGCAGUUCGUGCGGCUCUGCCGCGAGGUAGCGGCGCACUACCGCCAGUUUGAGUUGUACCUACGCGUCAUGCUGGGCGACGUGGGUAAGGUGGCGGCGCAGCUGAUUCAGCUGCGGGAGGAGAUCGGGCGGCUGCUGGGCCGGCUGCACCGCAUCAUCGACGUCAGCCCAGCCGUGCCCGCCAAUGUCGUGCUGCCGCUGUUCGUCGAGCUGGCGGACGCUUGGCGCGGCUUCCAGGUGGAGACGGUGUGUCUGAGCACGCUCAGUACGCUGCACGGUCAACUACAGGGCUUCAUGCACCUGUACGAGACCGAGGAGGUCGUGCCGCAGACCUGGCUCGAGGAGCGGCUCCGCGACGCCGAAGUCGUCACCGACGCGCAGCAGUUUGAGCGCAACAGGGCCGCCGAGCCCGUCGCCCUCGACCCGGACUCCCCGGCGCAGGUCCUACCCGUCGAGAGGCUCAAAAACUUUCCGUCGCUGCCCAUCCAGUAUCAGCGGCUGUGCCCGCACGCGCUGGUGGACGGCGGCGGGCAGCUGCUGAUCGGCGACAGCAGCCUGGGUGUCGCGUACUACUGCGGCCGCUACUACUGCUGCAGCUCGCCGGCCGCGCUCGCCGCCUUCGCCGCCGCGCCCUACCGUUACACGUCUGAGGUGGAGGCGCACGCGCGCCGCCACCCGGAGCUGAUCCAUCUACUCGAUCUAGAGGAGGGCGACGGCCGGCCAGCGCCAGCGCCGCUGCUCAUGGCUGACCGCGCCGUGCAGACCGAGCUGCACCCGGCGCCGGCGCCGGCCGACCCCGACCUCAGCUGGAACGAGUGGCAGAUGCGGCGGCGCGCGCUGCUUCUGGCAGACCUGCGUGGCCGGCGCACGCACGGCGUGCAGACAGAGCGCAGCCACCUGCGCCGCGACCAGAGCUCGCAGAUGUUCGCCGCGCAAGGCACCGGCACGCAGACGACACGAGACGACUGCAGCGCCGUGCCGCGGCCGCAGACGUACCUACACGGCCUCCGCGGCCGGCCAGACGCGCCGCACGGCACAGUCAACCUCACGCCCGGCGUCGAGGAGGAGUGACGUCACACUACACGAUGACGUCAGACGUCGGGGACCGCUUAUUUCACGGCUGGGGUUGAGAAAUGAGGCGGCUCGGCGCGAUGACAUGAGAUGGCGUUCGGAGUGGGGUGCGUUGUAAAUGAAAACAAUUGCUUUUCUUUGUCACAUUAUUUAUGAAGUUACACAAGUCCGAGAAAGUUGCGUUUUAUUCUUUGUCGUCCAAACAAAGCACUUUUGCUCUGGAAAAUGAAACUGGAGAACGCCUGGAAUGUGCGGCCCAAAUCCCCGUUCUGUUUACAUCCUAUG